AUACAUUUAAACCUUCUGCUGUAAUUCAUCGGAAUCCUUCUCCUGUUAACAUGCCCUACAACUGCCGCUCCAGAAGCUUCUCCUCCAGCUCCCUUGGGAGUGGCCUGAGGUACCCAGUCUCUUCCUGUGGCUUUUCCUACCCCAGCAACUUGGUCUACAGCACUGACCUCCUUUCUCCCAGAACCUGCCAGCUGGGCUCCUCUCUCUACAGUGGCUGUCAGAACACCUGCGCUAAACCCAUCAGGUGCCAGACUUCCUGUGUGGUGUCCAGCCCUUGCCAGAUCUCCUGCUACCGCCAAAAACCCUCCACACUCUGCAGUCCCUGCCAGACAACCUACAUUGGAUCUCUGGGAUGUGGGUCCAGCAGCACUUAUCCUCUGGGUCAUGGACCUAGAAGCUUCUACCCACUUGGUUGUGGUUCCAGUAGACCCCCAUCUUAUGAAAUCAUUGGCUUCCCUUCUCUGAGCUCUGGAUCUGGAUAUUUCUGUCCAUCAUAUUUUUCUUCUAGAUCCUUCCAGUCUUCUUGCUACAGACCAACCUGUGGAUCUGGCUUCUAUUAAUGUAUUAAUUUAUAACACUGGUAUCCAAUGUCAUCAGUGUGUCUCCUCCAAACUUUCAUUAUCUUUACUAUCUUUAGAAAAUAUUACCUUCUUAUUUGUCAAUUAUCAGAUUUUUUUUCUCAUCUUUGGUCCUGACUACUGGAUGACAAACUACAAAUGAUAAAAUAUAGAUUAUUUAAUAACUGAAAAUAAAGUCUAAAGUCUACAUUGGAAAUGAA